GUAUAUGAAUACAGCUGAUGUUUCUUAUCAAAGAAAUAAAGGUAAAAUGAAUAUUUACUUCAUCUUAUCAGAACCAUCCUAUAGAUUAUUGUAACAAGUUAAUUUUAUUUUAUAGCAAAAUUAGUUUUAAGUGAAAUCUAUUUACCAUUUAUGUAGCCUGUUGUUUUUGUAAGAUAUUUUUAUAAAUUAUAAAUUGUUUUGAUCUCAUGUACAAAAUGUUCAAAAAAGCAAGAUGGGUAAAUAUUGAAUUUUGUACAUGAUAUAGUGACCCAUAUGAUCAGAUGUAAACAAACUUUUUCCUUUUUUUAGAUAGUAAUUAAUUGAAUAGUUCGUUAAUAAUAUUACCAUGGUUAUUAAAUAAAUAAUAUACAUUAUUCAUUGGUUAUUUCAGAUCAUGUCUGAAGGUGGUAAAAAGGAGUGGACUACUGAAGAAAUUUGUACCCUCAUAGAUGCCUUGAGGGAACAUAGAAAUUUGUGGUACCCAAGGGAUGCCAACUAUAAAAAUAGGAUUGCAAAAGUGGAUUCACAUAAACAAAUUGCCCAAUUGUUUGACACCAAUUACCUGGAAAUAGCCAGAAAAAUAAAAAACAUAACGUCACAAUACCUACGUGAAAGAAGAAACUAUAAAAAAAUAAAAAAAUCUGGCGCGGGUCAGAAUUUUAUACCCAGGUGGUUUGGUUAUAACGCAAUGAGUUUUAUGCAUGAUAAAAAUAAACCAAGAAAAGGCGUUCAAAUCGGUGGAGAAUAUGAGGAAAGUGAAUCUUCAGAUGACGACCCUCAAACGGAGACCCAAAAUUCUGUUGACAUCCAUGACCUCGAGGAUGAACCUGAAAGAUCUAAAGUUGAAAACUCUGCUACACCAUUGGAAACUGACAAGUUUUGUAUGCAAAAUGCUUCAACCUCAAAUGCACCUGAAAAUGAGUUUACAUCAAAAAACCAACCCAAAAAGAAAACCAAUAGAAAUGUGGAGAAAGACAAUGAAAGUGAAAGCACACAAGUAUUUAAUAUGAUGAAAUCAGUAUAUGAAAAAAAAGAGCGUGAUGAAUAUGACGUAUUUGGAGAGAUGGUAGCUAAUAAUAUUAGAAGCUUAAAAACUGAAUACUCAAGGAUUACUGUGCAACAGCAGAUUACAAAUAUAUUGUUUGAUGCUCGCAGGUCCCACCUUCCACAAAGCAGUUGCACCCCAAUGCCUUCACCUUCCACACCGUCAUGGGCUGUCAUAUCUGACAAUUCAUCAGCAAGUGCAAUGUCAGGACAGAAAGUUCAAGUAAUUACUUUAAGCGAGACAAAUGAUUUCAACCCAAUACAAGGAGAGACAAGUAUUUUAAAAGAAGCUUUUUCAUCAGUUUUUCAGGACAUUAAUUAAAAAAAUAUGUAUUAAAAGUAAGUUAAAAUGUAUUAAUUUCGUUUUUCUUCUUAAUAAUCAGAAAUAAAUAAAA